CAGUUGAACUGCUCGUGUUGAAGGAAAUUCUAAACACAACAAACAUAAACGCCACCGAAGAAAGACGUCAAAAUUCACAAGUCUUGUCUGAACAAUCAAGAAUACUAAUAAGGUCUAACGAGAAAAUGCAUUCGGCAACAAAGAAAAUUAAUAUAUUGUCUUUCGAUGGUGGAGGAAGUCGAGGUGUAAUGGAACUGAAGAUACUGGACGACGUUCUACGAUUAACAACAAUUGUGUUGAAAAAUCCUGGAACGGUAGACUACCUUACAAACGAAGACAAAAAUGAAAGCAAUGUUAAUUUCUUAGAAGAUGAAAGCGUUCGAAAACGUGUGAUCAAGGACAUGGAAGCAGUUAAGGAUCCCAUUCAUCCCACAGAUGUUUACGAUAUGAUAGUUGGUACCAGUACAGGAAGUUUGAUUGCAUUUGGUUUAGUUGGUGGAAAUAAAGUCGGAGAUAAAGAUCAUGAAAGGAAACGGAUGACUGUGGAAGAAUGCACUCAGAUGUAUAAGACUAAAGCUAGGGAAAUCUUCCCUUGGCGUGCUAAAUUUUUUGGCAUUCCAACAUCACCAUAUAGACUAGCUAAUGUAGAGGAAGCUCUAAAGGAUCAGUUUGGUGAUUGCUGCUUAUAUGAUAUUGGCGGCAAAGAUUCUUCGAAAACCGUGGCCGGAGCUGUUGCUAAAGAACUUGGCAAAAACCAAAAUCUCGUCAUGUUUGAUACAUUUAGCAAAGACAACAGGUAUUACAAGGCUUACAAGGUCUUGCUUGCAUCCUCAAGUGCCCCAAUAUUCUUUGACAAGCCAACCGAAAUUGGCAGUCAUAAAUAUGUCGACGGAGGUAUUGGUGGUAAUUGUCCUUUAGCACAAGCAAUUCCGCGAGCAAAGGAAAUUUUUGGGGAAAAUGGUGAACACGUGGAAAUAACUUCUGUUUUAUCCAUUGCGCCUCCUUCCAAAUUAGAACCUCCUCAAGAUAAUGACCGUGUAGAUUGGGCAAAGUAUUUGGUGAAUUUAUCCACCGAUGGAAAUGCAGUGUUUAACGAAGUUGUGAAGCAAAAUAAUCAGACCAAAACUUUGUUCCAAAGGUUGGAGCCACGUGGUGAUAGAUUGAAAUAUUUCAAGCUUGAUGAAAGGGAUACAGACAAGAUGAUAAAAAAAAUGGAAAAAGAAAAGCUUGAGAACGACAUGUUUUUGGUUGAUGUAGUUGCCUCUGCAAUGGUUGUCUUUCUUAUGUAUAUUGAGAAGAAAAAAAAUGAUAACAAAAUUGCGUUGACCAUUGCAGCACAACUUGCUGAAGCUGCAGGAUGUGCAUACCAAAGCAAAAACGAAUACGAAUCGGCAAUCAUUUCAUACCAAACAAGCAAACGUCUGCAAGAGAAAGUCAGCAGUGACAUCACUACGAUUAAGAACAUUACGUAUAGCAUCGCAAACUGCUAUAAACAACAAGGAGACUUUAGGUCUGCAAUAGAUUUAUUCAAGUCCAACGUGAGAGACCUUUGUCGCCAUGGAGAUGACAAAAAGAGUAAAGAUGUACUCGUUGACACUUUAAUUGAAAUAGCUGACUGUUACCUGACAACUUCUGAUUACAUUGAUGCAGAAAUAUAUUUGAAUGAAAUCCCUGAAGAAAGGAAGAAAUCUGCACGUUUUCUAACCUAUUUAGCAAGGUGUAAGCAGCAAAAAGGAGAAAUUGAAGAAGCUGCCGAUCUUUACAGGGAGGCAGCUAGUUAUACUAAAGACAACGAUAGCUAUGACAAGGCUAAAAUUCUUAGUAACCUAGGGUUGUGUUUCUUAAGUGUAAAAAAGAACGAUGAAGCCGAAGUUCUUAUUUCCAAAGCCCAAGAUAUGAGAAAGAGUAUAAAAGAAGAAAGAAAACAGGAAAACGAUGCACAGGAGGCCGAGUUUUUUUUUAACGACGGGCUUUGCUUGAUACAGAAAAAGAAAUACAGCGAAGCAAUAAAAAAAUUAGAAGAAGCUAAAGCCAAAUACGAUCAAAUUGGAGAUAAAAUCAGCGUUUCAUUGACAUUGAGAAAUUUGGCAAUAUGCAAAUCCAAAACCGAAUCCACAGAUUCCUUGAAUUACGCGCAACAAGCUCUGCAAAUGAUGAAGAAACAUACUUUUCAGAAUAAUAAUCCCGGGAAUAAUGAAAAAAAUCCAGGUAUUGCUAUAAGCUUGUCAGUUCUUGGUCAGUGCCUUUUCAAGGCUGGAAGAUUUAAAGAAGCAAAGAUAGAGCUGCUAAAGAUUUUGGAUGUGAUGAAACAUCUGUUUUCAGAAAAUCAUCCAAGACUGAUCAAAGUUAAUAAGCUCCUGUGCAAAUUGGAAAAGAAAAACGGCGAAAAAGAAAAGGCAGAAAAUAACGACAAGAAAAAGAACGAACCAAAUUGCAAGAGACAAAAAAUAAUCAAAAGAUUACAAAAUGCAAGACGUAUGCUAGGCUUUUGAAACAAGGCGUUUGAAACGAGUGAAAAAUGAAAAUAUCAGUUUUUACAACCAUUUACAAGCACCGGCACUUUAACUAGCAUGUUUGUCAUCAUUCAUGAGAAACUUAUUACUUUAAGCUGUCAAACUUGUCACUUUUUUAGCAAAAUGUUGAGAGCAAAUCGACAUUAUUAGUAAUUCCCACCAGCUAUAUGACAUAAUUCAAUUGACUGUCACAUUUUUACAAAAUUGACUUUUCAGCGUUCAUAUAAUUCAAAUAGCUAUCGUUCAUUUAAGUAUUGUACAAUUAUUUUGAAGUAGAUUUGCCUUUCAUGUAUGUUUUACUUCUUAUUAAACUUUUAAACCUUUAUUUUGGGAAGCUGGUUGUGUUCCGCAAAAUAAAAAAAACAGGUGAUGUCUUUGCCUUUGUUAUACAGUAAAUGAAAGUAAUGCUAUAGUUAAUUUGUACCGAAUCUCAGUAGUUGGUUGGCCUUAAUGACCUUUCAUCAUGUCAUCUAUGAAUGGCCGUACAUUGUACUUGUGUGCAUCAUGCACUUAUAACAUUGUUUUCUAAAGUAUACACUGCUUGAGCCGUGUGUUGCAUAAUUUGCCAUGUAAAACUGCUCGAAGCAUAUAGAUUUUCCCAAUGCUUGAAAUACAAGACAUUCCUAAUGGUUAAAUUUUA